GAACAUUUUAAUUUUGUGUUUUCUAUGCAUAUGAUAUCUAUGGUUAUGUCUCAAAAAAUUGAAAGUGGGGUUUUCAGUCUUGACGGCGACGCCUCAUUCUUCAACUUCACUAGCCGGCACACCGCCCACUAACCUCCGGCACCACCCGCUUGCCGUCUCCCCUUUCUGUUUUUUUUCUCAGAAUAAUUUAGGGUUUACAAGGCUACUAAAAUUUUGGAACUAUAAGAAAAGAGAACCUCUAGAGGCUAUUGUUUGAUGUGCUGUUUCCAUUUUAUUUUGUUGUUGAAAUCAGUGAAUUUGAUAGAAUCUAAUUGUUCAUUUUUAUGAAUUUUGUUGAAUAUUUGUAUUAGGAAGUAAUGGGAAGAAGUGAUGCAAGAAUGAGAGAUGAGCAUCGUAAAGGGAGUGGGAGAAGGGAUGAGAGAGAUAGAAAAGAUGAUAGAGAUAGAAAGGUAGAGAGGCAUCAUAGAGAGAGUGAAAGAAGGGAUGAAAGACAUAGGAAGGGAGAGAGACGGCGAUAUGACUCAGACGAGUCGUCAGAUUCUGAUGGGCGUAGGGAGAGACGUAGUAGGCGAUCAAGGAGAGACGAUAAAGAAAAAGUUUCUGAAGUGAAGCAGGAAGUGAGAGAUGGGAAGGGAGGAGAAGCUGCAAAACCCCAAACACAAUCUGUUGCAGAAAAUGUGAAUCCGGGUGGUGAUCUUGCUACUCUUGGGAGGACUGGAGGGGUUUAUAUACCGCCCUUCAAAUUGGCAAGGAUGAUGAAAGAAGUUGAGGAUAAAAGCAGUUUGGAAUAUCAGCGUUUAACUUGGGAUGCUCUAAGGAAGAGUAUCAAUGGUUUGGUGAACAAAGUGAAUGCUACCAAUAUAAAGAACAUAAUUCCUGAAUUAUUUGCUGAGAACCUGAUCAGGGGAAGAGGUCUGUUUUGCCGAUCAUGCAUGAAGUCACAGAUGGCAUCUCCAGGGUUUACUGAUGUAUUUGCUGCUUUGGUUGCUGUGGUCAACAGCAAGUUCCCAGAAGUUGGGGAUCUUCUUCUGAGGAGGAUUAUUUUGCAGCUCAAGAGAGCAUACAAGCGCAAUGAUAAGCCUCAACUAAUAGCCGCCGUGAAAUUCAUUGCACAUCUUGUGAAUCAGCAAGUUGCUCAUGAGCUUGUUGCUCUGGAGUUGCUUACCAUUUUGUUGGAACAGCCUACCGAUGAUAGUGUUGAAGUGGCUGUUGAUUUUGUUAAAGAAUGCGGGUCAAUCCUUCAAGACCUUUGUCCCAAAGGGUUGCAUGGCAUCUUUGAACGCUUUCGAGGAAUCCUUCAUGAAGGAGAGAUUGACAAGAGGGUUCAGUUUCUGAUUGAGGGCCUAUUUGCCAUUAGAAAGGCUAAAUUCCAGGGGCAUCCAGCUGUUCGGCCUGAACUGGAUCUUGUGGAGCCAGAAGAUCAACUCACCCAUGAGGUAUCCCUGGAAGAUGAGAUAGAUCCUGAGAUUGGUCUUGAUAUCUUCAAACAAGACUCAAAUUUCCUCGAGAAUGAGAAACGUUAUGAGGAAUUGAAGAAAUCAAUUCUUGGAGAUGAGUCGGAGGAUGAGGAUGGUUCUGAUGCUGGUUCUGAUGAUGAUGAGGAUGAAGAAGAAGAUGAUGAAGAUGAUGAAGAGCAGCAAAUGCAGAUAAAGGACGAAACGGAGACCAACCUUAUAAAUCUUCGAAGAACUAUAUAUUUGACAAUUAUGUCCAGUGUUGAUUUUGAAGAAGCUGGUCACAAGCUGCUCAAAAUCAAACUAGAGCCUGGGCAAGAGAUGGAGCUAUGUAUAAUGCUUCUGGAGUGCUGCAGCCAAGAGAGGACAUAUCUUAGAUACUAUGGGCUGUUGGGCCAACGGUUCUGUAUGAUUAACAAAGUGCACCAGGAGAAUUUUGAGAAGUGCUUUGUUCAGCAAUAUUCGAUGAUACAUCGCCUUGAGACUAACAAGCUGCGUAAUGUUGCCAAAUUUUUUGCUCAUUUGCUGGGCACAGAUGCUCUUCCUUGGCACGUCUUAGCUUACAUACGCCUGACAGAGGAGGACACAACGUCUUCAUCUCGUAUUUUUAUCAAGAUUCUCUUCCAGGAAUUGUCGGAACACCUUGGUAUACGAUUGCUCAAUGAACGACUUAAUGAUCCGACAAUGCAAGAGUCGUUGGAGUCAAUUUUUCCAAAGGACAAUCCCAGGAACACACGUUUUGCGAUCAACUUCUUUACGUCUAUUGGUCUUGGAGGAAUAACAGAGAACUUGAGAGAGUAUCUGAAGAAUAUGCCAAGAAUGAUUAUGCAGCAGAAACCUGAAUCAGAAGAUGAAUCUGGUUCAGGUUCUGGUUCAGGUUCUGAUUCUAGUUCAUCUGGUUCAGGGUCAUCCACUGCCGACUCGGGUUCUGAUUCGUCAAGCUCAGACGAGAGUGAUAGUGAUGAUGAUAGGCAUAGGAAAAAGAGGAAGAAUGAAAGCCGUAGUGGUGGUAGAGAUAGAAAACGAAGGAAAUGAGUUGAAGACUUAACUCUUUGGUGAACGUGAAAGGAAACACACUCUGAAGUUCUGUAAAAAAUUUGGUUCGUCUCCUUUGCUUUUCCUUUGCAAUUGUAGUUGUCAUAGCUUCAUUUUCUGCAGAUAUAACUGUAUUUGAGUAUUUUAUUGUGCUAUAAGUUUGCGGUAUCGUGAAUAGUGCUGCACACAAAAUUUGGCAAGAAUUGGCUCCCCCUUAAUUGAAUAUCUUGAUUGGUUUGUUCUGCUUAA